AAGCUUGACUGGCUCAAGCUCCAACGCGCAUCGUAUCACCGCAAAGAAAGGUGAGACAACACGGCGUCCUCAGCAGACGCGCUGAGUGCCCGCAUGGCUCAGAUGGGCACUUUGACCGGGGGCGAUUAUGAGAACAUCAACGUCAUGGAGAGUGUCAUGACGUUAGGCGGGCUCCUGGCGAGAAGUGAGUCGAUGGAGAUUACCAACGACCCCCGCUUCUUUCAGGACAGCGUGCUGAGCCUGCGACUGGCGGCAUUUGGUGGCCUCGGGGUGGUGGCAGGGCUCAUGGUGCAGAACUCCAUGGACCACCUUUUCGACAUGAAGAAGACCAUGAGGUUCGGGCCAGACCACAUCGAUACAGCGGUCCAGCUGACGGCUUUUAUCAUUCUCUCCCUUGUGCACUUCCUGAACAUCAUCGCCACGUACGUUGGAGUGGCGCAGCCUUACCACGUCAUCCGCCUGAUGACCGCUGGUCCGGUAGGAUUCGAGUCGGCAGCUUGCUACUACCUGAAUAAGAACAUCAUCGCCUGGCGCCACUUCGCUGUCUUCGGGGCUUUGGCCUCGAUGCCACUGUUCCUGGCCAGCAGCGGCCUGCGCAUGAUCGUGAAGUUCGAUCGGGAGAACGUGGCCGAGCCAGAUCCCCCUCAGAACUUGAACGACAUUGAUCGCAUUGUCGGAAUCUCUGUGUGCGUAGGUUUCAUCUUGAUGGCGGUGGUCCUUACCUACAUCCACUUCAAGCAUUGGGGGAUCUUCGAAGAGCGUUACAAGCUCCUGAAGCCCAACCUUCACCAGCACCAUGACGUGCUGGAUACCAUGUCCCGCAGGAAGUGAAACUUGCACAGCAAAUUCGGCCGAUGCCCGAAACGGGGCCUAGGCAAACUGCACCUCGCCGCCUCAAAGGAGGAGGCAAAUGAUUCAUGAUCCUCCAUGAUUGUGCCUUGUGGUUGGUUCACAGUAAAGUCUCCCAGCUCUGCUGGGGAAUCAGCCAAACUCGUGCUGGAUGAAUGUCUUCACAUCCCAUGCUUCCAAGUCAUUGUCCAACUUGGGCGCCAGCCCCAAGCUGGAGCAAAUAUUUUCGUCGCAAUACGUCGAAAGACUUGCUGGACAGUUCACCCAAAGCCCACGGGCCCUUGCUCUUGCCCGCCGACGUACUCGCUACAGCGGAUC